CCAGGACAAGCCAGCGAAGAUAAAAGGGACAAUAAAUUCCCUGUCUUUCCUUUCACCUCUCACAACAACCGGAAGAAAUUGUAAAAUGGAUAAAACAGAGCUCCUCUAUUUAAACGACGCCUCCCUACAGAAAUGGACAACUACAGUCCUCUCCUGUCAGCCGAUAUCGCAAUUACCAGAAAAUGAAAAGAGUCUCGCAAAGACACUUGCCCCGGAAAGCUUCGCUCUCACCACCCGUGAAACGGUCUUCUACCCACAAGGCGGAGGCCAACCCAGCGAUACAGGCGUGAUUGCUCUCGCAGACACAAGUAACGACUCCGCCUUCAAGGUUCUUCUUGUUCGGAAAACCAUGGAUGGGACUGUUCUCCACCUGGGGGAGUUCACCGAUCAGCCCUGUUUUACGGACGGCCAGUUAGUUUCGCAGGUUAUCGACUGGGCAAAACGCGACUAUCACUCCCGCCUCCAUACGGCGGGCCAUAUCAUCGGUCUGGCCAUGCGACUGCUGGCUCCUGUGCUUGGGCAAAGGAAGAAGGUUAAGGCGAACCAUGCACCGGGGCAGGCCUGUAUGGAGUUUGAGGGCUUACUUUAUACUGAGCAUAAGGCAGUCAUUGAGGAGAAGGUGAACGAAUUGGUAGGUAUGAAACUUCCUGUUACUACUGAGUGGUGGGAUGAAGACCGCAUAAAAAAUGCCGACCUGAAUAUGGUGGAGGGAUUACAAUUGGGAAAUAAUGGACAGGCGAGGAUCGCCCUGAUCGGAGAUAUUGACGCCAAUCCAUGUGGUGGAACGCAUGUAGAGCAUACUGGUUUGACCGGUUUUAUCACUAUUCGGAAGAUUGCCAGGCAAAAGGGGGUCAGCAAGCUGUCUUAUGAAGUGCCUGUUUCAGUGUGAGAUAUGGAAUCUCCACUCUGGUAAUACCAAGUUUACAGCGUGACUUUUAUCCACUAUAU